AUGUUACAAAUGCCCCUACUCUCUAUGUUCCCACUGCAACCAGUGCUACUGGGCCUGCAUCUGACAUUUUUUAAACUGGACUUCAGUUGGGUAACCCAUGUCUACUCUAUCCCCUCGACCUACAGACUGACCUUCAGUUGGGUAACCCACGUCUAUUGUAUCCCCUCGACCUACAAACUGGACUUCAGUUGGGUAACCCACGUCUACUCAAUUCCCUCGACCUACAAACUAGACUUCAGUUGGAUAAUCCACGUCUACUCUAUCCCCUCGUCCUACAGACUGGACUUCAGUUGGGUAACCCACGUCUACUCUAUCCCCUCGUCCUACAGACUGGACUUCAGUUGGGUAACCCACGUCUACUCUAUCCCCUCGUCCUACAGACUGGACUUCAGUUGGGUAACCCACGUCUACUCUAUUCCCUUGACCUACAAACUGGACUUCAGUUGGGUAACCCACGUCUACUCUAUUCCCUUGACCUACAAACUGGACUUCAGUUGGGUAACCCACGUCUACUCAAUUCCCUCGACCUACAAACUAGACUUCAGUUGGAUAAUCCACGUCUACUCUAUCCCCUCGUCCUACAGACUGGACUUCAGUUGGGUAACCCACGUCUACUCUAUCCCCUCGUCCUACAGACUGGACUUCAGUUGGGUAACCCACGUCUACUCUAUUCCCUUGACCUACAAACUGGACUUCAGUUGGGUAACCCACGUCUACUCAAUUCCCUCGACCUACAAACUAGACUUCAGUUGGAUAAUCCACGUCUACUCUAUCCCCUCGUCCUACAGACUGGACUUCAGUUGGGUAACCCACGUCUACUCUAUCCCCUCGUCCUACAGACUGGACUUCAGUUGGGUAACCCACGUCUACUCUAUCCCCUCGUCCUACAGACUGGACUUCAGUUGGGUAACCCACGUCUACUCUAUUCCCUUGACCUACAAACUGGACUUCAGUUGGGUAACCCACGUCUACUCUAUUCCCUUGACCUACAAACUGGACUUCAGUUGGAUAAUCCACGUCUACUCUAUCCCCUCGUCCUACAGACUGGACUUCAGUUGGAUAACCCACGUCUACUUUAUUCCCUUGACCUACAGACUGGACUUCAGUUGGAUAACCCACGUCUACUUUAUUCCCUUGACCUACAGACUGGACUUCAGUUGGGUAACCCACAUCUACUCUAUCCCCUCGUCCUACACCGUGACCCACUCUACUGAACUACAGCCAGGGGGAGGCAACCAUUGCCAGUAAAGUUGUUAUUGUAGUACACUGUGUAGUGGUUCAGCUCAGACCUACUGACUAUUUGUUACAAUGAGUCCCACGUGAUCCCCGAGACACCGUGAACCCCGACAUUGAUCUGAACACUCCUUCCCAUAAGCACUACUACAUUGAAAUAAAAUGGCGGCUGAGUAUAGUGGUACUGAGCACAGUGCAUAUAUUCUGAGUAGCGGCUCCUCAGAUUUCCUAGUGCCUUUUUGUUUUUUUACGUUUAUAAAAACUGUGAAAGUGCAAGUCUUCUGCCAGUAUUGGGGGGCUGGGGUGAUGUUGCCAUGUUACAGUCAAAUACCAUGUUUUUGUUUUUGUACAACAAAUAAAUUAUUUUCUGACUCUG